GACCAAACACAAAGGAAGGCUAGAAAAGAAAAGAGACAAGAACUGAGAAAGUGAAGAAACAACCGAACUUGGAAAACCAAACGGUCCACAUUUUCCCCAAAUUUUCCACUGAAUGGCUGCUGCAGCGGCCGAAAACGUAGCCGUAUCGGCGCUCCGGUCCGUCGUUCUCCGAGUCAGGCAGGCUGCGGAGCGAUCGGGCCGGGAUCCGAGUCAGGUCAGGCUGGUAGCGGUGUCGAAGACGAAGCCCGUUUCUCUCAUCCGGCAAGUUUACGACUUCGGCCACCGUCGUUUCGGCGAGAAUUACGUCCAGGAAAUCAUGGAGAAAGCUCCUCAGCUUCCUGAAGAUAUAGAGUGGCAUUUUAUUGGUCAUUUGCAGAGCAACAAAGUCAAGUCGCUUCUGGCUGGAGUGCCGAAUCUGGCAUUGGUUGAGGGUGUAGACAAUGAGAAGUUAGCAAAUCAUCUUGAUCGGGCAGUUUCCAAUCUCGGAAGAAAUCCUUUAAAAGUUCUGGUCCAAGUUAAUACCAGUGGAGAAGAAUCUAAAUCCGGUGUAGAUCCUUCUGGUUGUGUGGAACUUGCGAAACAUAUCAAAUUGCAGUGCCCAAAUCUAGUGCUUUCUGGCCUAAUGACAAUAGGGAUGCGUAACUAUACAUCAACUCCAGUGAACUUCAGGAUGUUAUCAAGGUGUAGAACUGAGGUAUGCAAGGAACUUGGUAUGGCAGAGGAGAACUUUGAGCUGUCAAUGGGCAUGUCUGGUGAUUUUGAGCAAUCGAUUGAAAUGGGCAGCACCAAUGUCAGAGUUGGAUCCACCAUAUUUGGACCAAGGGAGUAUCCAAAGAAGCAACCAAAUUAGUAUGUUGCAUUGCAUCCCCAACCAUUGAUGCUUUGUGCGUAUCUUUGUAGAUCCUGGCAAAGUUUGCUGCAGAACUGCAGAAAUGGCCUCCUUUCAGUUGUAUAGGAUACCAUAUUGUUCACCAUAUGUAGCAACCAGGAAAUGACUAUUAUAAUUGGAAAUUGAUAUGCUGAUAUACAUGCAACUAAAUCAUGUACCCCAGAAUCUUUGUUCCCAACAGAAAAAAGAAUCAUGUACCACAGAAUCUUCCUGAAAUUCAAUACCAUUUCAUUUGUAAGUGUA